GUAAUAUUGAUGGAUUUUUCUGUAUGUCCCAUGGUGAUAUUUGUAAAACGCACUACACGCACUUCCUGAAAUGGGAGAUGCUUUGCAAGAUAUGUUUUCGUUUCUUGGGAAGCAACAUACACGUUAUUUUAACGGCAGGCGAAGAUCAAUUAUUAAAUAUUCCUACAGUAUGUCUGUUAAACACAGAUGAAUAAGUACGAAGUCCUUGGAGUUGUAGGCGAAGGUAAGUAGUCUUUGAUGUAAGCUUGUUAUUAUCCGUAUGGUAAUGAAAUUAAAAUUGGGUUGAAGGAAUGUCAAACCCACAGUGUUUUGUGCCGCAAAUGAUUGUUUUUGUAUUGCUAAAUAUGGGUUUAACUGGUUCAGAUUUGAGUUAAACAUCUCCGUUUUUGUUUCUGUAUUGUUAGGAGCCUAUGGAGUGGUUUUAAGAUGCAGGCACAAGGUAACGGAAGCUCUUUUUCCAUCUCACAGCUCAGUUAUGACAGUAAAUCAAAUAUACAGAUCAACGUGUUAUAAAGGUUAAGCAGGCUGAUGAUUGCUGGUUCAUCAAGCACGCAAAUUGAUAGAUAUAUUUCCUUCUGGGAUCAUGUUACCAAAUCACUCAAUAUUUGAGAGAUGUCCUUCAAAAUCCAGGGGCCAAUACAAGAAUAUGCUAAAAGGAGUCGUUCGGUAGCCCGAACAGUUCAGUGUUGCAAUUGUUUACUUUUCGGAUAAUUUGUUUGUUUAGUUGCUCGGGUUUGGUGUUCUUGUGCCAGUGAUUUUCCAGAAGUGCGGAGCGGCUUGGCUCAUUGCAAAGGAAAAUCUCAUAAAACCAACACAACAUUUACAUGGCAAUUGAUAAUAUGGCAGCAUAAGGGGAGAAUUAUUGCAGGGAGCUGGCAAAGUUACAUAUUGCUGUACAUGCAGCAGUUGCAAACCUUUUACCUGAGAUUAUUCCAACUGUCUAAAUGUGAUCAUGAGGAUUGUCUCUAUUCAUCAUAUAAACAAUCUAGAGGCAACUAGGACAAUGUUAUGGAAACACUACCCAGACAUCAGAGGGUUAUGAUGACAUAACCCUCUGAUGCAGGUUGCUGGGAUGAUAAUGUUAAUAGUAUUUGUAUCUAUAUAUGAUACAAUGGUCUCCUCUAUAAGUUUCCCACGAACAGUGAUCCCCACUAUCUAGAUGAAUGAAAAGAAACAAGGCUUUAAGUUCUUGAAUGAGAAAUAGAAAUUUCUCUAUUAAAAGUGUUAUCAAAUGGGUCAGGAUCAAUGUAGGCAUUUUACUUUGCAAGGAUGAUAAAAAUAUAAAAUAUUGUUGAGAAAUAGAAGAUUCAAGUGGCAACAUUUUUGUUCUGGGCAGUGUUCUCCUUUUCAGGCUAUAAACAGUAAUAUUCACUGCCUGUAAUACUUUUUAUUACUGCCUAAAAUUGCUUAGAAUUCUUAAAAGUUCAAUGGGUUGAAGGGUUGCCUUAUUGGUUUUAAAUCUUGCUUGUAAAAAGGGAGAACACUGUUUAUUAUGACUAGUAACUCCUAUGUCUAGAGAUUUCAUUUAGGUUUAAAGUUAGAGGGUAACCACUGGAAAGAGGUUGGGCUUGAAAGUAACUUAUGACAAUCUUGAAUCCAAUUUGAAAGUAGAAUGGUAUUAAUUCUAUGAUUUCCUCAUACUGUUUUAUAUUUCUCAUGCUCUGAGAAGACUCUGAAGGCAGCUAAAAAUUUCGAAGACCAUACAAUAACAACCACUUUAUUUUUACCAUUUCAGUAAGUAUAAAAAUAUGUAUACUUUGUGGACAUAACCCUCUGAUGCAUCCUCUUCUUUUAAUCUGCUGCAGGAAACAAACGAGAUUGUGGCCAUCAAGAAAUUCAAAGACAGCGAAGGUGAGCAUCCAUGGAGACAUCUAUUUGUUGAUGUUAAAAAUUUUCCAAACCGGCAUGAAUUUUAUUUCUCUUUUUCUCUUUGGUAUAAUCUGAAGAAAAGAGAAACAAAUAAAGUUGGUGUGGAAAAUUUUAUGCAAAGUAAAAAUACAUGCAGGUGGCACAAAGGUAUAAAUAUAGGAACUAUAUUCAAAUUCAAUCACCUUUUUUUUUUAAAUAUUCAUUAAUAAGCAAUUUGCUGAACUAAGUGUUUGCAUUGAUUUGGCACCUUUCUCCUGGUUGAAUGAAGAAAGGGCACUAAAAGUAUUUGUAUUGGGAAGGUGGUUAAUUAUUGGUGACAGCUGGUUGGUGCAAUUAUUUCACAUCAUAAUAUAUUUUUGAUGCAUAUCUUGCUUGCAAAAAAGAGGAUUUUAUUUGCGUUUAUUUCAAGACACUAAGGUUUAUUAAGUUGGUCUUUAGUUAAAGCAAACAUCACUUCCAAUAAUGGCCACCUAGAUAGUUUUGAAAUUAAUGAAUGUUGCAGUAACCAUGGUAAAGUUGUAUGGGUUAAUCAUGAGCCUGGCAGUGGUUUAAGGCAAAAACCUCUUAUGACAUUAUUAUUGUAUUCAUGACAGAACUCCUUUCACUGAUUGUGCUGUCUGAUGAAAUCUCCACAGUUACAAUCUCAAUGAAGAAUGCCUUUUAAUGACAUUUACCUGUCAAUUAUUGCUAACCAUCUUGUUGGAUGGUUUUAUUUAUUCUAAAUUAAACUUCUGGUACAUGUGUUUGACAUAUUCCACCAGAAAAUGAGGAUGUUAAAAGAACAACACUGAGGGAAUUAAAAGUGCUUCGCAUGUUGAAGCAAGAAAACAUUGUAGAACUCAGGUUAGUUUUGAUUAUUUAUACAUUAAUACUUAAUCCAGGAGGAGGGAUAUAUCUUCAUCAAUUGUGCAAUGUUUUGACAAAAUAGAGAGAUCAGAUGUUGUCAUGAAUAGUAUUAACACUUUUCAAAGUAAUUAGUGAGCUUCACAAAAAAAACUUCUAAAUUCAAGAUUCUGCUUUAGUCCAAGCAUUCCGGGAGCAGAAAUUAUUUACCUUGCUCAAAUUAAAUGGCUAGUUGUUUUCUCUGAAGCCUCCAAUAUAGGGGUGUAUAAUAUUAUCUGUGAUUAUCGAAUACCAUUGGAGAUAACUUGUACAGCUGUAACAACUGUAACAGCUAACUCUUGUACGCCUGUAAUUUCUGUCAAUGCUCUGCUCAAGGUGAAUUAAAAUACGCAAAAUCAUCAGAUGGAGGAUGCCAUCCCAGCUGUUAUACCUCCAAAUUCUUGUCACUGAUUUAGAAGGAGAUGUAAAUCAACUGGAUGGGAGAGUUAUGAAUCCGAUCAUGGUUGUUAGAGGGUUGUUACUUUAGCACCUUUGUUUACUUCUUUUAUUUCUUUUCUGCAGGGAAGCAUUUCGUAGAAGAGGAAAACUGUAUUUAGUUUUUGAAUAUGUUGAGAGAGUAAGUUUGCAUGUUUGAAGUUUUUAUUUGUAAAUUCAUUUCUUUAACCAUACUGUGUAGCAGUAGCUAGGAUGGUCUAUCAGCUUUACUUUGAUUUUCUCUUUUAAUUGAAUAGAACAUGCUUGAGUUACUAGAAGAAAUGCCUAAUGGAGUUCCGUCAAAUCAAGUCAGGUGAGCUUCAUGUGAACUUGGAAAGACAUGGCAUAGAACCCAAACUUAAAACUUUUAACUUCCCUCUUAUUCAUUGAUAACAUUUCUUUUCCAUUUUCCUCCUUCUAGAAACUAUGUUUUUCAGCUCAUUAAAGCCAUAAAGUGGUGCCAUCAGAAUGAUGUCAUUCAUCGAGGUACUCUGACUAAUGACAGAAGAAGUAUUGUAAUACAAAUCUUGAACACUUUCAGAUUGUUAACAUACAAUUUGUUCAAAAUUUGUUCCAUUUGAAGUGAUUACUUACUCCAUCUUUUUGCUUCUCAUUCUCUAAUUUCUUCCUUUUCUCUGUCAACAGAUAUCAAACCAGAAAACUUGCUCAUAAGUAAGAAUGGGGUUCUUAAACUGUGUGACUUUGGUAAGUUCAAACAAUUGGAAAUUUUAAUAAUGCCAUAGAAUGCAAAAAGAAUGUGGCAUAUAAGUCUGAAGUAACUCAGGAAAGGAAUUUUUUAAUGGUUCACCACCUUAUUGUUGCAGGUUUUGCCCGAGCCAUGACUGUUAAGGGCAGUGGACAGUUUACUGAUUAUGUUGCAACUCGAUGGUACAGAUCACCAGAACUGCUUUUAGGGUAGGUGUAGAAAAUGGAAAAUUAUUUUUUCAUUCAUCAGUGUAAUGUUACAUUAUUUUGCAGAGGGAAAAUCUGAGGCAUAAAGGUUGUGUAGUUGCAUGUUGCAUGAAAUGACCUAGUAUAUUGUUACAUACUUUACAUUACAUUAUGUUUGAUUCUGAUAAUUCUCUACCUAAUUUGCAGGGCUUCUUAUGGUAAGCCAGUGGAUAUCUGGGCCAUUGGCUGUAUUCUCGGGGAACUUAGUGAUGGGCAGGUUGGUGGAAAUUGAGUAAAUUUUCUAGAAUACAUAUAUCCUUAGUCCUGAGGGGAUGCCUGGACCCUCGAAUUUCCUGGGUGUUUUCACAAAAUUGGGGAACAAAAAUAAACUGGUUUACUCUGAACAUGUUAAUUAGCAUCACCUUUUUUUUUUUGUAAGUGUGCUGUGACCAUUGUACAAAUUUGAAACUUUUGCGGGUUAAUGGCUGAAUAGGAUUUUACCAGAUGAAUGCCAUCCCAACCAAUUUGAUAAUGACUCCACUGUUUUGAUUUGAUUUAUAAGUUGUAGGAAAGUCUUUUUAGGGAGAAUUCUUGAUUUCAAUUUUCCUUUCUGUUUUUUCCUUAUUUUUGGUUUUUGACAGCCUGUUUUUCCAGGAGAAAGUGAAAUAGACCAGCUGUUUACAAUUCAAAAGGUUAGUACAUAAAUCUGUCAAAUGAUGUGGGAGUUUUGUAAGAACUGUGGUUUUCCCAUAUAUAACUGACUAAAAAUGGCUUGAUUUCUGUGUUUCUGUGUUUGUGGCAUUAGGUUUUGGGUCAGCUUCCCCCAGAUCAAAUGGAAAUGUUCAACAACAAUCCUAGAUUCAAAGGACUCAAGGUAUCAUCUUUUUUUUUUUCUGCUUUGUUGGGCAGCUGAAAACUUAACAAACCUGAAAAAUGUUGUGUAGAAUUGUAGUUUUGUUGUUUUCUUUUUACUAUUUCAUAUACCUAUGAUUUGGGCAAUGUGCUCUAAUCUUUACAAUGUACUAAAAAUAUGAAACUUGUGUUUUUUCACGUAUGCUUGCCCUAAAAUUCAUUGAUUUUGGAGACUACAGUGUGAAGGAAUGUUGUUGAUUAUGUAAAAAUCUGUCUUAGGCCAACUUUGUUCUAGCUAUAACCAUUUUAAUUUUGUUUUUCUCAGUCUCAGAUAAAUUGUUAAUAGAUCUAAAACAAAGAAAAAUCAAAGUUUAUCUAAUAUGAGAAUUUUAGUCCAAACCACAACAUAAUUCUCUAUGUUAUCCAUUUCUCUUGAUUCUUUCUACAUGUAUGUGUGAUGUAAAUGUUAUUAUUGUUUGGACCUGUAAUACUUGUGAAAGAGUAUAAACAAUUUGGUAAAAAAGGCUGUAGUUAUUCAUUGUGGUCAUUUAUUGUGGAGAAAUGUACAUAGUUUAUCUUACUUAUAGUAUAAACAAGUUGUAAUUUUUUCUUUCAACAGUUUCCAACAACAAGCGGCCCUCAGACAUUAGGAAGGAAAUAUGCUGGAGUCAUUAGUGGAAUCAUGCUAAGCUUCAUGCAAGUGAGUUUUGUCAGAAAUCAGUUUCAAUCAUGUUAGAAGUGCAGCCCUUGAACAGACUUAUGGUAGGGGAUUAGCUGUGAGGUAGAAGGAACUUGGGAAAUGGAGCUGGCAGACCUGACAUGACCCCUUUCCUCCUAGAAAUUAUAAAUUUGCAACUUCUCCCAAAGUAUCAGUUUAUUUGUAACUGUGUUCAUCUAAGUUAUAUCGCUGGGUGAACUUGAGUUGACAUAAAAAUAAAGUAAACUGAUUUGCAAGGAAAUUAAUGCUCACAAUUAUUAUUAUUGUUGUUAUCUUUAUUUUGUUUUUGCCCUUUGCAAAACCCUGUUUAUUCUAGAUAUUGGAUGAUCCCUCGUUCCCCCCUUCCUCUUCAUCCCCAUCCCUCCCCCCCCCUCUUCCCCUUCCCCUCCCUCCCCCUUCCUUCCCCCCAUCCCCCCUCUCUCUCUUCCCCCCUCCUUCCUUCCCUUCCCAUCCCUCCCCCUCUUCUUCUCCUUCCCCAUCCCCCCCCCCCCAUCCCUUCCCCAUCCCCCCCCUCUUCCUCCUCCUUCCCCCCCCCCCUCUUCCUCUCCAUCCCCAUCCCUCCCCCCCUCCUCUCCAUCCCCAUCCCUCCCCCUCUCUUCCUCUCCUUCCCCAUCCCUCCCCCCCUUCCUCUCCUCCCCCAUCCCUUCCCCUUCUCCAUCCCCCUCCCCCCCCCCUCCAUCCCCAUCCUCCCCCCCUCUCCCUCUCCCUCCCCAUCCCCCCCCUUCCUCUCCCCCCCAUCCCUCCCCCCUCUCUUCCUCUCCAUCCCAUCCCUCCCCCCUCUUCCUCUCCUUUCCCCAUCCCUCCCUUUUUCCUUUUAAAUUUUCAUGUAAUUUAUUGUUUUUGUUUUACCUGCAACACCCUUGUUUAUUCUAGGUAUUGGAUGACCCCAACCCCCCCCCCCCACCUCCUCUGUCUGUCUCUCUUUCUUGGGCAUUUUGCAACAUCUGUGAUCAGUUUAAAGUGGUGUUGGAAUAAAAAUGUUGCUUUUUCCAAGGAGAAAAUGCCAAGAUUUUUAUUUCAAAAUGCUUGAUCUUUAGGCAACGUUACAGUUGGAUCCAAAGCUCAGAUUUACAAUAGAUGAUGCUUACAAUCACCCAGCAUUUCAACAGGAAAGAGACGAGUUUGAGAAAACCUGGAAAGAGAAGAGUACAGAUCUCAAACAGGCUGCGAAAAAGGCCGAAAUUCCAACCAAAUCAAGAUAUUUUUCACAUAAAGGAUACUCAUCACAGGGUAUCACGGCAGUGGAGAGCUUACAAGAGUUGAAAACACAAGACAUAAAACCAAAUUCGCACGGUAAUCCACCGCUUGGCAAAGAUUUUAGUGCUGAGAAGAAGCUCGUCAUGCAGCAGAUGGUUGCUAAAGAAAGGCCAAAGGACAGUAAUCAGCAGGAUGAUUCAUCAGACAAAAAUAGAACUUCUGAUAUUGAAAACUCCGAGAAGUCUGAAAGUUGUACAUCAGCGCCAAGCGUUGAAAUAUCAAAGGGAUCAGGGAAUUCCCCUUUAUCAGUGAAACAAACUGUUUACAGUUCUGUAGAUAUUAAACCUCGUAAUUCUAAUUUAACUGGAGCAAGAGCAACUACUUCUCAAACUGAGGAAAGAACUAAUCUCGCUCAAAGCGAUAAGACUAGUGUUACAGAAGAUGAAGGAAGGGCAAAGGCAAAGACCAGCACUGGUGUUAGCACCAGCCAUCUUGUGGCUGUUAAUUACAGCUUCUUCCCUGCAGAUGAUGAGGACUCUGAGGUUGACCACUCAAAGAAUACAAAGGUAAGGAGUCUCUGCCGUUUUCUUCAAUUUGUGUUAAUAUUUUUUUAUUUUUAUUUUUUAAUCAAAGUGUCUGAAGAAGCCAGCAAUUAAGCAUUGCGGAAUCUGAAUUGUCCAAAAAGGUAACAGGUUUGGAGGCGAAAGCCUUUGAAAAGAAACUGGUUUUUAAAUCAUGUUUACAUUUUUUAGCUGCCGUAUGGCUCAGCAACAAUCGCCGAAGAAAUCAGAAAAACCAAGUCUGUGAUCCUUGGCAAGAAAAAGGACCGGGACGGCUCCGCUUCUGUAAAGUCUAGGCCUCAGCAGCCGCUUAUGUCACGCAAUGAGGUGUGUGACUCUUUAACUCUUUUCAUGGGUCCUAAGAAUGCAGACUUUUGUUUUACGUGGCUGAUAGUCUUUGUGUGACCUGUGAAUGUGACCUUGUGAAACACAGUAUGAAAUGUUACGCCCGUGAGGUACAGCAUUUAUUGUAAUGUAUAGAGUCGGACGUAAGAGAUCACAUGACAUGUUAAUGCAAGCUCUAGGCUCACAAUAACCUUCUAGGUGCUCUCGGCGUCCUCUGGUCGUUUUCUUUCUUUUGAGGUGACUGACAAGCAAGUGACAGGAGGGAAGUGAAUCGAGGUCGAAUUUUUCUUCAGUCUUAGAAACAGAAUACUCCUAAGGAGAACCUUUCCUACUUAACGCCGUAAAAGAGACCAGAUUCUGGAACUUUUUUUCCCCGACUGUAAAUGGGACAGGAAACAUUCCUCCAGAUCCCCCCACCCCCGGCGACUCAGAGAAUACCGCUGUCGGUGUAAGCUCUCUCAUCCGUAACCCGAAGUUUGAGCACUAAUCCCUUAAGGCAUAGGAAAAAAGGUUCUCUUUUGACUCGUGUAAGUGGGUUGUGUUUUAUUCACAGACCAUGGACCUGCAAAAAGCGAAGGGAAUUCAUGAUAGGCAGGGAGGGAAAACGGUUUUCACAGGUAAGUGUAGAAAUUGACGGUUGUGUGUACUCUAGCAAAUUUAUUUCGUUACAUGCUAGUUGUGUCUGCUUUUCUAAAAACCAUACCUGAGUUUCCCGUGCCUUCUCCUUUUUCAUCAGAUGCCGCUGCGUCCACUCGAGAAGAAGCUCUCCAAUCGAAUUAUUCCUUCCAAAUGGGAGUGAACACAGAAAGAAGAGGUUCGAAAUCAGACUUACCCUCAUCAACUUUGGAGCACGGGGUGUCGCUUGUUAAACAGCGUCAAGAUACACAAUGGUAAUGCCAACUCAACCAUUUCAGCUACAGCAGAAAUUUAUUUAUACUUGUUAUCCCAAGUCUUGGAACGAAAUGGUUCACGCACAGAAUUGGCGUUCCUCGCCCGUACAGGGAAGUUGUAUUUUUUUCAAGGAUGUCACUGAUUUCUAAUAAAACCGUGAGGAUGAUUUUAAAAAGUUAUCUCCUCAGUGCUUAAAUCCGGCAAAUUCCCUUGCAUAACGAUUUUUAACCUCUGUUAUUGUGUUCAUGAUUGUUGUUUUGAAUUGUAAUUCACUCAGGAGGCAAGACUUUGGUGGUGAAGAAAACCAACCAAGAAACUCUCUAGGACAUGACAAAAGGGACAAAAAGAAAAAGAAGAAAAAAGUGCAACAGGUCUGUGGAAUUUAUCCCUUGUUAUUGUUCUUAUCACAGUGAGAACUGCUUCUUUCUGUGUACACUUGCGCACGACUGUGCCCGGUGUAGUAUUCAUUUCGGUGAUCGAUUUAAGGUGGCUGAAUACAGUUUCCCAAGCGUUGAUAAUGUGCUUAAAAACCAACUCUCCUCCUUUGCAGUUGACGAAAAGAUUGAAUUGAAGUUUGAAGUAGUGGACAUGGCAUGGCGUGGCAAUCAUUCCCCUUUAAUACGAAACUGUCAUGUGGAAAUCUCGUUAAACAAUUUUUAGGGACAGUCUCAGGAAACCCUCGAUAGAUUUUUUUCUCCACUUCAGGAUUUUCUUUUUGGGGCUAGGCCCACCACUGAGUGAAUUUCAACAAUUAUUUCUAGCCAUUUCCAAAUUAUGAUGCCGCAAAUUGAAGGUUAUUGUUCAUUUUUGAUACUGACGUUGUCAUACAAACCUUAUCACUUAAGUCUCCUGUAAAUGACGAUUCCACAUAUUUAUCUACGAAUGCUUAACUUGGAGACAAAAAAGUCACAAAAAACCAAAUACGAAAUGCGAGAUAAAACCUGGCACGACAGACUGAAAGAAAGUCUCAUCGAUCGGUUGUAACAGAAGCAAAAUUAUCUGAACCAAGGUUAUAUGCUCCUGGUGUCGAUGAAUGGGUUAAAAUCGAUUGACUUGUGUGUAUCUUUUUCUCUGCGGACGCUUAAACUGCUUACGGAAGUGUCUUAUCUUAAUUUUUUUCCCAGGUGGCUAGCCUACCGGUGCAGUCAAAGCAAUUUCAUCACCUAGAAUCACAGGGGUAAGUGGACACAAUAAACCUGAUGACUGCUUGUAGUUAAUACCAAUAUUGUUUCACUUUUAAUUGUGAAGAAAUCUUGAAAUCACAAACAAAUCACCGUUCACUGAGUCACUCUUCGGACUGAAUAAUCUGGUGUGAGCCUCCGUUUCAAAUUUUUGGAUGAGUGGUCCUCUUCUCGUUCUUCGAGACAAUGCAUUCAUCGAAUGUAAUUUGAGAAUGUGUAGUGAAGUAAAACCAAAAGGAAAAAGAUAUGAUAGUUUUUUUUCUGUGUCUUCAUUAUUUGCCUGGUUUAAGAUUAAAGGAUAUUUUAAGGGGAAAUGUCUUUUGCGUGUCUACUUUGUAUUUCAUGCUUAUCAACAAAACAAAAGGUAAGUUUCAAUUUGGUUUGAGUUUCAUUUUUUUUCUUGUCUGUUUGCCUUUAGUGAAUUAAGUAAAAUGGCGGACUGGAGCAGAAGUGCUGAUGUGCAGGUAAACUCCUAACACUCAUUCAACGUAACCGUUUGGAGCAUGUUUUAAGCGUGACGUUGAUUUUUCUUUUCUCGUGCAGCUUUAAUGUUGGUUUAUAUUGAUUAAAAACAAAAUCGAUCAAUUAUCUUCUUUUUCAGUCCUUCGAUAUGCGUCCUCAUAAAAGCCUAGGGAAAAUGAACUCGGCUGACAAGGUAAGUUUCUCAGAAUUGCCUUGAUACGGUAAGGUUGAAAUAAGACAAUACUGUAGGAUUAUUAGGUGAUUUGAGUUGCUUCAGUAAAUUUUCUCGAGCAGAAUUAAUUUUCCUUUGAAAAUCUGUUCAGACGUCAGCCAGGGAAGCGAGGGGAACAAGUUAAGACGAGGCCUUGUGGAGAACUUUUUGCGUACGUCUUUUUGAAAGCGAACAAAGUCUUUUUUGAGGGUUUGACUUGCUCAUUAGCUUUUCUUACCUAUUAACGAGUUCUCUCCAGAAAUCUGCAGUGUGACUUCUUGAAAACAUAAUUUAAAAAAAGACGAAUUUGUUGUUUUACGAUAAUAUCCUUGGAAAGUUUUUUUUUUUCUGUAAGAAUACGUGAGCGAUUAGAUGGUUGAUCACAGUGUACCAGCUCGCUAAUCGUUUGGCCUUCUCUCUUUCUGAAGACUGAAGUAAUUUUGUAAUAUAUUUAGAAGAUUAACGCUCAACGUCUUUCAACUAAUGGUUCGUUAACAAGAGCCAGCGUAUUUUUUAAGGGUGUCAGCAAUCCUUCAGUCGGAAACCCAAUGGGAUGAGCUUGCAUUUAAUUGGACGAUAACACACUCGACUUCUCUCAUUCCUUCAAACAGGUUGUAACACACCUCGGACCGCUUACAGUCAGCUCAUCUCACAAACCUCUUGGAGAAGUUCGCCUUCAGCCUCUCCAACACAAGAACUUAGCUCAUUUAACACACAACACGUACCCGACGCGCAAACCACCGGCCAAGCGCGAAAGCCCAGAUUCUCAACCCCUAGGAUCUCUGUCACCUUGGAGGGGACAAUCGGCUUUCUCUCUACAAGGUCAUUCACAAAAACAUACCUUAUCAGAGCCAGGGAAUUUUACCUUUCCUGACCGACCAGUCAGCCCGUCGACCGAACAUUUAGCGCCUUUACCAAGAAAAGCGUCGCGACCUCCUUCUGAAAAUGAGGCGACGACUGAGGAUCGAGACUUGAAGCUGGGUACUCCUUUUAACGGACUGAAACCGCUGACACCCCCCAAGGAGAAUUUUAGCAAGUCCGGGGGUCGGGUGCCGGAUCUAAACAAACUGGAAGAAACACCCUUAUAGCACACUUCUGCGCAGUUAUUUUUCCUCUGAAUCGUUUCUAUACUGCAGUCGGUACUGUGGAUGUUGUGGCUUGGUGUUAUCACUGCUUGAGAUAUUGUUUUUUUUGGUUCAGUUUCCUAUGACAUGGGCUUGAAACAAAGAUGAAAGAAAGCAGCGAUGAAAUUAACCCACAACAUUUAUAACUACUAAAGCAGUUUUCAAUUGAGUGUCGAAAAACUGAAACCAAAAUAUUCCCAGCGACCAAUCAGAACAAAGAUUUACAUCAUCAUUAACCAAUGAGAAUUCAAAGCGAAAACAAGCUAACUGCUUGAAGCGCGGGAAAACGCAGGUGACCAAGUUGCGAUGGUUUUUUGCAUUUAAUUGGUUGAGAGGAUGCUGCGAGUUUUCUGGACCAAUCACAGAGCAAAGCUCAGUUAAACCAGAGCAAUCACGAAUUACUUUCGACACUCAGUUGAACAUUUUGUCAUUUUAGAUGAUUUGGUUUAAUCCAGCAGAAGUUUUCUCGCAGAAAGCAGCCGCAGCGUCUGUAAGUUUAAUUCAAAAACCUAAAUCAUAGUCGUAUUUAUGCGGAUUCAAAUCAAAUUUUCAUGUACCCUUUUUUAUAUGGUUUGAUGAUAAAGUCUUUGAAACACAUCCCUCGUAGUCUUCCAUAACUGGUUCCUUGUUUAAGUGACUUAAAAAUUUCAAAGCCUUAUUUUGCCCUAACAUACAUCAUCCAGAGUACAAAUCACAUGUCAUUUUUUAUAAAAUAUUUAUUAUGAAACAAUUACCUUUCGGAGCCUUGUCUCUAAGUUCGAGAGCAUUUCAAACUUAAAUAAAGAAGAGGUAUAUCUAUAAAUUGUUGGCUAAACGUCAGUUGCUUUUAACUGUGAUGAGAUUGUAUAAUAUGUUGUUUAUGCAUGAAAGUUUGUAUGAGUUUCUAACAACGCGAAGUUCAUUCGCUACUCAGGUGAAGUUUGAAGUCAGUAAAAGAGUAUUACUUAACUUUUACGCAACGUUACGAGUAUUUACAUGAUGAGUAGGUCUAACUUCCACAAAGAUAACUUGGAAUAGCUGCAUGUCCUUCCGCUGGAGGAAAUGACUGCAUUUGUAUACAGUACUCAAUCAAGAAGAGAUGCACUGGGGUGAACUGCUUCAAAGUUUAAUGCCGCCAGGUGAAAGAAAGCGAGAGAAAAUGCAGCGAAGAAGCUCUCAGGAAGCUCCUCCGUCAAUGCCUGGAUAUUAGUAAACACAUGCACUUAGAAAGCUUCACCAUGUAUAUGAAUACGCCUUUUGUUUUUUAGUUGUAUAUAGCCUUUAUUUUUGCGAACGGUUUUUAAUUGAAUGUCAACCCUGCGUCGUGUUGACAUACAAAGUACAUAGUUUUAUGGUCGUUCAAUGUGGUAUGCAUAAGUUAUUUGGUUCAAACUCCUUUUGUAGCGGUCACUUACUAUUAAGCGAAAAAAAAAUUAAAUUAUCGCAGAAAUUGAGAUUAUUUUCGAGUGGAUGUUAAUCAUUAUCAAUCGUGC